GUUUCCACAAGCGGAGCUUCAGGAAGACAAACGCGUUAAAGACACUUGAGUGAAAAUUGCAGCCUGUGAAGCUUACAGUCUGAUCGCAGAGCACCAUGAAUUUAAACAACUUUGUGGUUCUUCCCAGCAAGCCGAAGUCAAUGAAGUUAAAUGUCAGGAAUCUUCGGGAGCUUCGUAUGGAAAAGUUGCAGCUGGAUCAGCAGACCAAAGACAUGGAGAGCAAGCUGGAGGAGCUGAGAGAGCGUAUGAGUCAAGAGAAAGAGGAGAGAGAGAAAACGGGCGCAUCCCGCUGGCGUUCCGCUCAGCCCAAAGUUCUCGCCCCAGCGUUCCACAACGCCAAGACUAACAAGGAGAAUGCAACUCAAAGACUCUCUCCAGGCAAGAUGAAGAUUAGAGUGCUGAAGGAUGAGCCUUUGCCAGUUGUACAAAAGCAGGUGGUGGGACAACCGGCUGUCAAAACACAGGGUGCAGACAGAAAACUCAGACUGAAGGGUAAAGUCUGUGGACAGUGUGAAGUUCAGCUGGCCGGACUGAUGUGCUCAGAAUGUGGAGAGGAUUACUGCGUAGGCUGUUUCGUCAGAUUCCACCAGAGGGGGGCACUGCAGCGCCAUCGAAUGAUACCCAUACAGGCCCAGCUCCAGACCCCUGUCACCACUCGGGAUGUGUUGGAUCGUGUCCAUCAGCAGGCAUCAUGUGAGCAGAACGGCACUAUUCCUAAAUCUGCUGAUGAGAGAGACACACCAGUGACCAAGAACAUACAGCCCGUGUCUGAUGUCCAAACCCAACAGGUGUUGUUUGUGAAUGACGGAGUUGACGUUGACAAUGAGGAGGGCGGUGAGGAGGAAGACAGCUCUCUGUUGAAAGGAUACUUUGAUGAAGAAGAGUCAGCCAGGUCUUUCCAGGAAGCUCUGAAUGAGUGGAGAGAAAAAGGGCAGACAGGAGACACAUUCAGACCCAGACCAGUGUCUGCAAUGGAAACACAGACAGAGAAGAGACUUCAGCAGUUUAUCCAUCUGGAUUUCAAAGAGGACACUCUAAGCUACAUGGAGAAACUUCUUCUAAAAAAAUCCCGCAGGGGUCAAAUUGAAGAAUUUCAGCAGCAGCUUGAUAGGCAGCAUCGGCCGGACCUGACAGCACCUCCACCUGAAGAGACAGAUGAACUCAGUCAAAAACUGACAGAGGAGCAGAUGGAGCUACGUAAGUACUUCGCUUCUCUCUUCACAAUCGCACCCGCAGAGGAUGAUGGGAAAAUGAACGGCCCUGCAGAAUCCUGUUUGAGCAUCGUAGAGAUAGAUGAGAUGGAUACGGAUGCUACAACGUACAGAUCCUUGGGAGUCGAGGAGAAAAAUGAAAUGUUUGCAUCCAUUAAUGACCAAAGUGUAGAAGAAGAAUCUGGAUGCUUGAUUGCAACUUCCACACCAUCUCAGAUGACCAAAGCUACGAAGCUCAACUCUUCCCUUGAGCUCUGGCCACCAUCAAAACAGGCUGACCGAUUGCCAUCACCUUUGCCAAAAUCUGAAAGCUCUCAUUUACUCCAGGAAUCAAGUUCAGAAUCAUUUCUAAAUGUUCCAAGGGAAGACCGAAAAGUUGAAUGUUCCUCUCACGUAAUGCUGUCCACCACAUUCAGUGACUCUCCAGAACCAGAAUCAUGGACAAGAUCUUCUACAGCACAAAUGAAGAAGCCUUCACCAUCAUCUUCUUUGUCCCUGAGAAGAGAAUUGAAACCAACCAGUCCAGACCAUGAUGUCAUUCCCUCUCCUGGCAGCCUACCAUCUACUCGAAAGCAUUUGCCUUUGCUUCUCGCUAAACAAAGUCCAAAACCUCCAGAUGCUCCAAUCUCAACAUUUAGAUUGGCUUCCUUCUCCGUGAACCGUAGACUUGAACAUUCAACAUCACAAUCUAAUCAAUCAUCAGCAUCAUUAAAAACAGCAUCACCUGACUCCAUCAAGAGUCACACUGAUGGGAACAAUACACCCCCAGCUUCAAAAUGGUUAAAGAGUGCACGGAGGUCACCUAAAACUACAACACUUUCCUUACACCUCAACAUUUCAGAUUCAGAGGAAGAAAUGACAGGGGAUGAUGUUUGCUUGGUGCCCAGUGAGGAAGACUCCUCGGAUGAAGAACUGAGGUGUAUCAAUGAUUCAGAAGUGAUGAAGAACAUUGCUUCCUCACCCCGUCCUGCCGCGACCUCUUCCUCAGAUUCUCUCUUGUCUUUCCGGUGUCUCUCAGAGCCGGAGUCGGGCCUGUUAACAGAAUCUUCCCAGGCCCUUCUUUCAUCAGCCCAGCGACAGGACGUCCAGCCUGGACAGGACCAAGGCCUGGAGGGGUUCUUCACAUUGGGACUGAAAAGUGGGGAUCUACAGCCCAGCCCGACUCCAGCUCAGACCUCGAGAGAAAGACGAAGCAGCACAGAUUGUUCUCUGGCUGGAGUCCAGGAUCUUUGGAGACCCAGCAGCAGUCUUCGGCAUAACGCAGAUGAAGGGCUGGUCAAUGUGCUGAUCAACAGUCGACCAAUCAGAAGCCCCCUUCGUUCAGUCACACCACGUCGUGACGCAUCAUCACAGAGGCAGAGUUUCUCAAGUCAUCAAGAUGUUCUCAGCAGAUGUUCCUCGAGCUCCUCUCAAAUUCAGAGCAUCGGCACUCGUCGUGUCAGCUCAUCUUGUCGUCCUCUGUCCCGUGCAGCCCAGGAGAUCAUGGAGGUCCAGAGCGUAGAGCGGCCUGAUCUCCAGAACUCUGAUGAAGAAGAGCAGGAUUGUCUGGCUUUGGCCUGCCUGGAGGAAGAGUUCAGGAAUAUGAGCUGUACACCAUGUGAUCAGGAUGAAAAGGCUUAG